GGUGGGAGGGGGGGAGCGCGAGAGUGAGUGAGUGGCUGAGUGAGUUUACCCCUAUGAGGCGGUGAGAGGCCCGGGGCCUACCUCAAAGGAGCGGGGUCGCGGCGCCGGCUAGCAGCGGGCCCCCUCCCGGUCCCCGGGCCCGGCGGCGCGGCGGCAGCUCGGCUGUGAGGAGGCGGGGAAGCGGGUGUCCGGCCCCCGCCAUGGAGGGCAUGGACGUGGACCUGGACCCGGAGCUGAUGCAGAAGUUCAGCUGCCUGGGCACUACCGACAAGGACGUGCUCAUCUCCGAGUUCCAGAGGCUGCUUGGCUUCCAGCUCAACCCUGCCGGCUGCGCCUUCUUCCUGGACAUGACCAACUGGAACCUACAAGCAGCAAUUGGUGCCUAUUAUGACUUUGAGAGCCCAAACAUCAGUGUGCCCUCUAUGUCCUUUGUUGAAGAUGUCACCAUAGGAGAAGGGGAGUCAAUACCUCCUGAUACUCAGUUUAUAAAAACAUGGCGGAUCCAGAAUUCUGGGGCAGAGGCCUGGCCUCCAGGGGUUUGUCUUAAAUAUGUCGGGGGAGACCAAUUUGGACAUGUGAACAUGGUGAUGGUGAGAUCGCUAGAGCCCCAAGAGAUUGCAGAUGUCAGCGUCCAGAUGUGCAGCCCCAGCAGAGCAGGAAUGUAUCAGGGACAGUGGCGGAUGUGCACUGCUACAGGACUCUACUAUGGAGAUGUCAUCUGGGUGAUUCUCAGUGUGGAGGUGGGUGGACUUUUAGGAGUAACGCAGCAGCUGUCAUCUUUUGAAACGGAGUUCAACACACAGCCGCAUCGCAAGGUAGAAGGAAACUUCAACCCGUUUGCCUCUCCCCAAAAGAACCGACAAUCAGAUGAAAACAACUUAAAAGACCCUGGGGGUUCCGAGUUCGACUCGAUCAGCAAAAACACAUGGGCUCCUGCUCCUGACCAAACCGAGCAAGAUCAGAAUAGACUCUCACAGAACUCUGUAAAUCUGUCCCCCAGCAGUCACGCAAACAACUUAUCAGUAGUGACUUACAGUAAGGGGCUCCACGGGCCUUACCCCUUCGGCCAGUCUUAAACGGGUGUCAGCAAGAAGAAAAAUUAACAAAACACAGAAGGCCUGACUCUGGGGGGGAGGGGCAAGGGGUUCCUCUGGAUUGCAGACCACAUCGCACGGAUCCCUGGCUCUGACCCCCCAUCCCGGAAGAAGAGGAAGAAGCAGAACAGACUAGUUUUGAGUAAACUCAGUAUGCAUGUGUGAAUGCUAAAUUGCAGGAAUGGUGUUGAGGCUACCGAGAAGAAAUCCAUGCAGCCACCUUGGGUUUAUUAGGCGUCAGUCUAACAAGUCCUUAGGUCACUUGGGAAGGGAAAAAAGUUUAAAAUGGGGGAAAAAAGCCAUUUUUUUAAACAAAAAUUAUUUUGCCUACAGAGAGGUUGUAGUUUUGAGCACGUUAAUUUUUUUCCUCUUCCCCUGCUUUUUUUUUUUAUUACGGGAUAACAUACUCUUUAUAGAAUAGUGCUUGCUCUGGAAAUGAUUCAGGUUAAAAGCUGGCGUGGCAUGUUUGGGGACUCUGCGGAUCAGUGCUACCCGAGUACAUCUGCUGUGCCACAUGACUCCAGAAAUCUCUGACCCCAUUUGUUUUUAAUGGCAUCAGCCAAUGAGUUAUCACCUCUUUUCUCUUUAAUCUUCUGUUGAUUUACACCUUUGACAUUUGCAUUCAUCAGCCCUGUGGCUUGUUAGCACCAGACCUCUCUGUGUGGCCAGCAGAGGAAGCCUUGAGGACAGAUCUCGGGUGACGUGGGAUUUUCUGAGGCCGAGGGGUGCCCUUCUGCACACUCUUGUAACAAUUCAGAUUGCUUUUCUUCCAUGUUUCUCUUGGCAGAGAGAAACACCAUCAUGCUUACUGCUCUCUUGGAUUCUUCACGCGGUGGCUCCCCUUUCGCUCUGGGAACAGUGCCUCUGUGCAGAGCAUGUGUGCACGCCCGUGCACAUGGCCGGGUGCUGGUGUAGCUCACCAGCAAGUGUGCAGCGGGCGAGCGUGACAGCGGCACAUGCUUCUCUGUUGUCACACAACUCCUUCCCCUGUGUUUCCCUUCAAUUAAUUGUCCUUUGUGGUUUUCUCACAGCCUGUUAGUGGAGGCUGAGCUGUUAAGGUGUGAAAAUACAGCCCCAAAUGAGGACUUUGUCAUGGAGAAGGGCCACAGUCACUGACUACUUGAUCUUGGAGACCACAUUUAGAUAGAAAUGAGAGGACUGCCCCCUGCCCCCUUCCGCAUCAGAAUGCUUGGUUAUGGCUGAGGAGGUGGGCAAGGAGCAGCCCAGCUGGAGCAGAGGCUGAUUGGCUGACUGCACACUCAGGCAGGUGGCCCCACAGGCAUCCUGUGGAUUCCAAGUAGGCUGAGAUGUGGAGAUCUCCAUGGGAAGCUUGAACCAGGCUAGAACAGCUGUCUGCCAAAGAUACAAGAAUAUGCAAAGUCCCUCUUCUCUUCUCACCCCCUCCUUCCCUCGAGUCUUAGUUGGUUUGAGAGCCAGGGAUAUGGAUCCAGCAUGCAGUUGCAGGGUCACCUGUGUGUUAUUACACCCCCAUUCCCCCCAGGGGUGUGAGACAAGCAGGCAGACCAAGUGGUGAGUGGCUGCAAGGGGUCAUAUAGCCUGGGUGUGGGUGAGGGUCUGCCUGCCUGUCUGUUUCUGUCUGGGUGUCUGAGUUCCAAAAAUAUGUGUUGUUUGUUCCUCCUCAUCCUCUUUGGAGACUAUUGUUUUUUAAAGCUUGAUUGUAGGAGAAAAGCUUGUAUGAAAUUCCCCCUUUACCUCCCCACCCCUUAAAAAUAAAAGGGGGAAUCAACUUUGGUCCACUGGAGAAGCCCUGGGGAUGAGUGGAGGUAGCCUGCUGAGAAGGGCGGUGCGCCUGAGUCUGGGGCUAGACUAGAGCUUACCCUGGAACACCUACUGUCUAUGCACACACACGUGUCCCAUUGCCUAGCAGAACAGAGGGGAGUCCCUCCUGGGUGCUCACACCACAGGGUUCAGGUUGGCUUUUUGUGUGAGGGCCUCAGUAGGCCCAGAUUUCUGCUGCUGUUGGUGCCAAUCUCCUGGGACACUGCCACCCUGGAGCCUGUACAUACCCAGCUGUUCUUCCCACUUAACAGUCUCAAAGCAGCACAUCUCCACUGCCCCUGGCAGAAUCGUGGGAGGCUUCACAACCCCUGCUUUCCUGGCUUCCUCAUCUGCCCCAUGCUAGGUGCCCCUUCACAGUUUCCCAGCAGGGAUUCCCUGACCUCAGCAGGGGUUUCAUAGGCCACCAUUAGUGUGUCUGGCCCUGCCAGAUUAUCCUGCUCCUUCUCCUGCUUGUAGGCAAUCAACACCUGGCAACUUAAAUGUCCUGAGCACCUUGGCUUCCUUCCUAAGAACAAACCAUUUCUGUGCACAUCCUUAGAAAGGUGAGCUCCUCGCAAGAGGGCCAGAGCAAGUGCAAGCCUAGGGGUAGGGUUAGGGGUGGGGGUCCAUAGCAUCCCCAGGCCCAAGAGGGUAUUAGUACCAUUCCUUCUCCCUCUCCUCACUAGUAUGGGUCGGAGCAAUGCCUAAAGCCCCUCUCUGCUCCCCUGCCUAAUGGGUGGUAUUGGCUACCUCUCAGCCCCAGUAGUCCCUGCUCCUCUUAGAAUCUUCACCCCUGGGCAAAACCACCAGUGUCUGGCACCAGGAGGUGAGGCAGACACCAUCCUCAGAUGAUAAGAGUCUGAGCCCAGUUGGGGAGACAGGGGCUCCGGCUUGGGAAGUACCUGUGUGCAUGGAGUGAGGUGUGUGUGUUUGGAUGUGUGUGCAUGUGUGCAUGCCUUUUUUCUUUUUGCUGUGGAGACAGUUGAAUUUGGGGCAUUUUUCUAGAAGUUGUCAGCCCUUUGUCCCCUAAUAAGGCCUAGCUGUAACCUUAAGCCCAUCAAAGGCACUUCCAGCCUGGAGAGAACCUCACCAGACAGCUGGUGUGGCCUGAGGGUGGCCAUGGUGGGAAAUGGGCAUGAGAAUAAACACCUCCCCAAAUUCAAUCUGAGCCCCAGCAGGAGAGGAUGGCAGAGUUGCCAGGCUCAGAAGUGCAAGCUGAUUACCCACCCUCCCCUGCCUCACUUCGUCUUUCCUUUGUUUCCUUGGGCGAAUGUAGGAGCAGCAGUGGCUGCCCCUUCCACCUGAACAGUGGUGUGUGUAGCAAGCAAGCUGGGUGGGUGUUUGUGGUGGGGCCUCAUGGUGCCUAGGAGGAGAUGAAGAUGAGAUUUUUCCUUACUGUAUAAAUGAAUAUUUGUAUGAUUAAAUUAACACACAAAC